CGGAGAAAAAGUGGUUAGGUAAGAUUUCGCGGGUGCACUCGUGAUCAAACUCAAUGCUAUAUUGUUAUAUUUUGUUGACAAAAAAAGCGAAGAUCACUUUAGAGAUAUCGCUAUGACUUUUUGUUGAAAAAUCUUGGCUCUGGAUGGAAGCACUCUGGAAGACCAAAGCUGCAUGUGGAGGGUUUGAGAGCAUCAUGCAGAUAUCUAGAUCUUUUGGUUCAUUUUCAUCGGAAAGAACUUUAAUCUGUUAGAUGGUCUCUCAUCUGACCCAAGCUGGCUCCAGCAUGGCUCCAAUAAUUGGACAAACAAAGAAAAUUCAUGAUGGUGUUUCGCACUCUCCUUCAUCACCAAGACAACAGAGAACAUUUACAUUUGAGUUAAAGGAGACAUUUGUGCGACAAACUGUAAUGAUGUCUCUUUGGUACCUUUUUAGUUUCGGUUCAAUUAUAUCAAACAAGUACAUCUUGUCAACAUUAGAUGGUGAUGCCAGCCUACUUGGUGAGACCCAAAUGGUGUGUUCUGUGCUAUUUGGAGCAGUCAAGAUGUAUCUACCCUGCUGCUUGUUCCAUCGGACUUCAGGCCAUCACCAAGAUGGCCCUAAAUUUCAUUUUUUUCGUAACAUGGCAAUUUUAGGUUGGAUGAGGUUUGCUACCAUAGUGUGUUCUCUCAUUACUCUGAAGUAUGUAGCUGUUUCUUUCUCUGAAACCAUAAAAUCCUCAGCUCCAAUUUUCACAGCAAUUAUAGCUUGGCUUAUGUUAGGUGACAAAUCAAGUGUAUUUGUGAAUCUGUCUCUUCUUCCAAUCAUGGCUGGUCUGUCACUUUGUACUGCUUCAGAGCUCAGCUUCAACAUGGUUGGAUUUAUAUCUGCUCUUCUAAAUAAUGUCAUGGAUUGUUUUCAGAAUGUGUUUUCAAAGAAGCUUCUAAGUAGUGAUCAUCCCUACAGUCCACCAGAACUUCAGUUUUAUACCAGUGCUGCUGCAAUUGCUGUUCAACUACCUUUCUGGUUUUUCCUGGAGUGGCCUGGAGAAAUAAAGUUGAAAGAGGAUAGACAUUUGAUUUUUAUGUUGCUGUUGAAUGGAUUUAUGUUCUACAUGCAAAGUCUUACAGCAUUUGGACUGAUGUCUUUGAUUUCUCCUGUUACAUUUAGUGUCUCCAACACAGCAAAGAGAGCCUUGUUGAUCUGGUUGUCUGUCUUAGUGUUUGGUAAUGAGGUCACAACCCUUAGUGCCAUAGGAACUAUUAUGGUGACAUGUGGAGUCUUCUUAUACCAAAGAGCCAAAAGUCAUCAGAAAAAAGUCAAGGAAAAGGACAGAGAAGACAUAGAACAUGAGGAAGUCUAAACAAGAGGCUCAGUGUAGAACAUGCUGAGAAAUCCUGGCAAUUGAUUCAGUGUGUCUUAUUUGAAUCAGGGUCUUGAGGUGCUGUUUCAUGAGGCCCUGGUAGGCUUCUCUAUUUAGAUGGCGUGAGUGAUUUUCAGAAUUUGUUACCAAGACCCUUUACAGUGCUUUUAAUAUACCUCAGGCCAAUGGAAUAAUGACAAGCAAUCAGAGGGUAGGACUGAAUUUUACAUUCAAAAAAAGUUCUUAUCCCGCCAGUCAUAUUUUGCAUAAAAAACAGUGAAAUUUGAACUUAUUUGUUGACUUGUGACAUUCAAUUAUCUUCUGUGUUGUAACAUGUUAGAAUCAAGGAAGGUAAGAUCCACCUGCCAACGCCACUUUAAAAAAGGAAACAAAAUUCUGUUUUUGAGUCCAAAUUUGUUUAUAAGGUUUGGUGAGAACAGA